CUUUACAUAAUUUUACGAAUGGUGGAUGGGCACUCGAAUUUUUAACAAUACCAUCGUCAAGUAACAAUGGUUACCCCGACGCAGUGCGUCCAAGCGUUGCGUCUGUCCCCUCUCUCAAGUUGAAGCCCCCGUAUAAAACCAUAAGAAACUUUCGCUGGAUUUUUAAUCAAUGAAGUCAAUAUAAUGUCUUGAGUGAUAACUUGGAGUAACUUGAGGACUCGAGAUUUUUUCAACCUUUGUUUUUGGUGCGAACGGCAGCUGAGUUCAAGAUGAUUUUGGCUGGAGUUUUUUUGUGCUUUUUGGAACUGACUGGUGCACAGGAAGUGGAUAAGAAUCAAACAACGCUUGUUACACCCGAAUACAUCCUCCCCUGCUACAAAUCCGACCCCGAAAUCAACAAAUGUCUACGGAAUACUUUCAACCAUUUAAGGCCUUAUCUGAAAACCGGCAUCAGUGAUAUAGAAGUACCUAGCAUCGAUCCUCUAAAAAUCAACACACUGAUUAUGGAAAAUGGAAGAGGGCCUCUCAGGGUGAAAGCUUCCUUCUACAACAUCACCACUACUGGGGCCAGCAAUUAUUCUAUCGGACAAAUAAAGACUGACUUGGACAAGUACAUAAUCGAAUUAGGAGUUGUUCUACCAAGGAUCGAAAUCAGAGGAAAAUAUGACGUCAAUGGCAAUGUGCUUUUGUUUCCUGUAAGGUCAAAAGGAGACUUCUGGGCUAUAUUCUUGGAUGUUGAUGGUGCAGCAAAAAUACACGGCAAAGAAUACAAAAAUGAAGAAGGUGUUCGAUUCAUGAGGAUAGAUAAAUUAUUCAUCGACUUCAAGUUAAAGAGAAGCAGAUUUAGGAUAAGGGAUGUCAUCAAUCAUGGAAAUUUAUUAGGUGAGGCAAUGAACCAAUUCCUAAACAACAACUCCGAGGAGAUCAUCAGAGAAAUGAAACCGGCAGCGACCGCUUCGAUAGCCAGGCACUUCAAGGGCUUCUUGAACGCUGCGUUUGUAAAACUGCCGCUGCAAUUGUGGCUACCAGACGCUUAAAACAUGGACGAACCCAUCGUGCACCACAACUCGGCGGGUCAAGGUUCACAACAUAAAAUCCAAGAUCAGCUGCGGAGCUUGUUGUUGGGUUUCUGCUUUACACCAACGUCUGACUAUAAUACUCCGUAUGUAAUAAGGAUGUCACAAUCCCUUAUCUUUGGAGCAAAUCAGCCAGUUGGUGCAAAAAGGGUAACUGUAUCGUUGUUACCCAGUAUUAAACAAGUUAAGUUAGUGAAAUCAACGAAAUGGAGAAAAUAAUGUUUCCCGAUUUUGAGAAAAGGGACUGCAAAACAUUUUUUCUCUCGUAGUCAAUAGUUAAUCGACCCCUUUCCCUCCUCAAAAAUAGAAACUUAUCAGUUUCAGAGUUGCCUAGCUGAAUGUCAGUCACUGUUUUUCUACUUUCUCAUUAUUUCUACUCUUUUACUUGAAGUAGUAUGUCUCGUUUACGCUAAUUUGGUUUUUAAGACAUAUCAUUAUGAUAAUCAUGGUGAAAUGGGCUACACAGAACGUGCUUCAAAAAAUCUCAAAGCCGAAACUAGUGAGGGGCUGCUUCAUCAUCACGAAUAUCAGCUAUAGAAUAACCAGCCAAGCAUUUUUUAAAAUGUUCAGCGUGACAUUUUCCUGGACUCGUUACGAAUUUCUGAAAUAAUUUUUAGUAUACUUAGAUUUGCACCACCAGGUUUCUGGCUUCUUUUCAAUUGGACUCUGGGCGUAGUCUAGAGCACUGAAGCACUCGUAGCGGUCCACGUCGUUCAAAAAUUUGCUGGCAUAAGGCGCUAGUGUUUCCGUUUUUGCUGAAUUUUUUUUCUAUACAAUUCAAACAAAAGGUGUGAAAACUGUAAAUUCGUUUAAAAAUAAACUAAAAAAAUAUCUAUAAACGGAUAGGGUUUUGUUGUAUGGACAAGAUGGAAGAACCUUUAUAUACAGCGUGUCCUGCAAGGUAAUAGACAUAGUGAAAUGGUAGGUAGUAUAUUACGAAUAGAAAAUGAAAUAGUUCUAAAUUCAUUUUUUAUGGAUAUACAAGGUGAUUUUGCUAAAUAUGUUAAUAAUGUAUUUGUUUGCUACACAUUCGUUAAGUCGUCGAGGCAUUGAUUGGAUUAGGUGAUUGUUGUCUUCUUGGUGUAUUGUAUCCCAUGCCAUCUAAAUUUGGUUUCGUAGGGCCUCCAAGGGGUGAAUUUUUCAAUCUCCUUUCCAUGACCCAUACAUGUUGGAUGGGGGAAGGGUCUGGAGAUCGAGGAGGCCACUGAAGCAGAGUUACUCGGGACGCUUCUAAAAAGUCUAAACUAACACGUGCAACAUGAGGUCGUGCAUUGUCCUGCUGAAAAAGUGGAUCUUGUAAUGUUUCCGUAAAGGAAAGCAGAUGUUGUAAAGCUUCGUGGAUAUAGGGCAGUCAUUUCCUUCGCGACCUGGUGCCGUAAGCAAUGGCACCCCAUACCAUAACACCCACAGUGCAAUGAAUAUACCGUUCGAUGGAAUAUUGGACGUGUUCCGAGUUCACCACGGAUCCUCCUUACUCUUGCAACGGCCAUGGUGUGCAAAAACAGAAUCUGAAAACUUCGUUGAACACGGCUGAGUUCCAUUCCUUUUCCAUUCAAGUCUCUCUCUACUCAUCCAUACCAAUCGUUGUCGACCAUGUUGUGGGUUCAGUGUGAAAACAGUCCAAAAGACCUUAUUCGGCGAUAAACUAUCCUCAUUCUGAUUUCCCUUCCGACAACAUCAAACACUCGCAACUACCACCUUGUUGUGGAAAAUCGGUCUCACAUAACGAUGCUGUCGCUCUGUAAUCAGUCUUUCACGUCCAGUACCUCUAACUCGUCGAUUUCGGACUUCUUGGAACCACGCUCGACAACAUCUCAUUACAGUAGCUUCGUUUCGAUUCACCCGAUUAGCGAUUUCUCUAAAAGAAAAUCCUGCUUCAUGUAAUCCGAUUAUACGACCCUUCUCAUACUCGGCAGGUUGAGGGAAAUUAGCGCGUCUGCAAACUCUAGGCAUGAUAAUGCAAUGAAUAAACAAUAAAACAAAUCGAACCGAUACAGAAAAAUUACUGAAUAUUUAGUAAACAUGUUCAUAUUGCUCGGAUCCUGAUAUGACAAAAAAACAUUUUAUCGGCGUAUACUUCCAUGAUAGCGAAUAUUUUUAGUAGUUUUUAUAAAAUUCAAUUAAUAAUUCUGGGUGUUGCAUUUUAUAUGUCACUCAGUAUAUAAGUAUAAGCCCGCCAAAUCUUUAUUAUCACAUAUUUCACGCACUGUUGAAUCGAUUUUGAUGAAAUCUUAAACAAUAAUAAAGUUACCUAGGAGUUACUAGUUACUUAAGUCUAGUCAAGCGGUAAAAAUAUCCAGGGGCUGAUUCGAUUGUUUUAAAUUUUUUGCAUUUUCCAAAAUCAAUACCUUUUAAGCUGGAUAUUGAAGUGUUUGAAUUGAAAUAACGUAGUUUUGGGACCUCAAAAUUCCAGGGUUGGAGUCAGAUUCCUUUAUUUGUUUACAUUUUAUUAAGUCCUAUACGCUCUAUUUAUUAUCAUUUCAAUGAUAAAAGAUUACAAUAUGAUAUAAAUAGAAUAUAAUUUACAAUUACAGCAACACUUUUUUAGUGAGAUAAUUCUAUCAAGUGUUUCUGCUUCGAAGCGAUUUGGUAUCCAAUAUACAAAUGCACUGAAUUUGACUUUCCAGAUGAACUACAAUAAUCAGAAAAAUGUAGACAAACCUAAUGUACCCGUCCGAACUUAGCAUUUUUAGCAUAGUUACCCUUAACAUGCUUUCACCAAAAUCCUACAUCAGAUUAAGCUACAUAAUGCACACAUAGGUAAAUCACACAAGAAAAUGUCAAGGUCAGAUCUACAUGUAAUAUCUUUGUAAAAUUUUAAGUUAAUUUCAACAAAAUCUGGAACGUCAAAUUUAAUGAAUUUGCAUACUGAAUGCCGUUUCCCUUUUGAGUAGAGUAAACUCCUGUUGCUGUCACUUGAUAAAAUUAAAUAACUAAAAAGCCUAUCGAAAAAAAUAUAUAUAGCGUGCGUAAUAUUGCCCUUUAUUUAUAUCACCCAUUUAUUGUUCUUUCUUCUGCAAAAUAACAAUCAGUUACAGGGCUUUGCACUUAUUAAAUACAAACAAAUGAAAGAACUGCAUCUGGCCCUGGAAUUUUGAGCACUCAAAAUCUUCAGCUCAAUUCUAAGCACUAUUUUGUGAAAUUUUGAUGAAUUCGAGUUUAGUCUCCAUACUAUCUGUAAAUUUGGACAAGCACACAAAGGACCACAGGUAAUAUGCACUGGUAUUUCAUAUUCCAAGGGGUUUUUUGGUAAGUAACUGCAACUAACAGUUUUAAAAUAAUAGUCUUUACAAACGUCCAGUUUGAUGUGUCGGAACGAAGUGUCACUCACAUAACGUAUACAUGUACCUACGAUGAUAGAUCAAUCAAAAUACAUUCAUUGCACUACCUACCAUUUCGCUACGUCCAUUUUCUCACAAAACACACCUUCUACUGAGUGGAUAAAUGUAUGGACCUUGUAGUUUCGACAGCCAAAAGUAACUCAUAGAAAAAAUGCUCUUGCCAACACUAAAUCAUGGUUGUACCAAGAUGGAUGGAUGAGGCAGGAAAAAUAUAAACAGCGCCAUCGAUUUCUUUUAAAUAUCAACCUCAUAUUUUGAAUAAGAUAUUUAACACCUUUGGAUAUUUUUGUCAACACCUUUUUUGGAAAAAAAAACGGUUUGAGCAUAUCAAAGUUAGUAAGGUUUGACAUUACAAACCAUAUAAAGCCCUUCAAAGCAGUAAUAGUACCUCACUUCUACGAUUUGAUGAUAAUAAUCACUGGCAUAAAAAUUCACAAUGCUAUGUACUCCUUCUGAGGCCUUUGUUUAGGAGCUUUCCGUGCUUUAUUUCGAUAUAUUUCAUGCUCUACAAAUAGUGUCAGUGACUUUUAGAUCACCCUGUAGAAAAACGAAUUGUUAUACACAGUUGUGUUUUCAGGAAUCUUGCGAUUUCAUAAACAGCUCAGCAGCUAUAUUCAUACCAAUCAUUCAUCACUCUUCAUAUGAUUGCAAUUUUUCAUUUCACUCUAUCACAAUGAAUUGAUACAAUCACGAAGAGGCUUUCAAUGUGUUUACCAAAGCAAUGAUAAUGCAUCGCCUAGUGUCAUCUUUUGUAUUACAUCACAUGGAUCUCACUGGAAAUGAUUUCACUUAAUACAUAGAAAGUAAUUCUUUAAAAUCAAAUUGGUCAUAUUUUCAACAAACCCUUGAAAUGUUCCGACACUGACCCUGGGAGAGGUAUAGUAAAAACCAUAAAUCUCACGAGUCAGUUCUGCUAAGACUAAACAAAGGUUUCAGCCACACGGGUUCAGUAUCGGUAAAACAUCAUGGAAAGUUGGUCGAUACAACUUUAAAUUGAGAAUGUAUUCCCCAUGCUGCACCGCCUUGUUCUUUUUCAUAAUAAUCGCAAACAACAUAGAUAUCAAUCUUAAAUUGAAUAAAAACAGCAGUAAUUGUUGGAAAUAAUUAAUUUUGAUCUUAAUCUUAGGACCAUGAGAUAAAAAUGGAGAUAAAGCAUGGACAUAAGUUGAAUAAAAGUAAAACUGUAUGUGAAACAUGAAAGAAAUGCAAUUUUCAUUUAUAUAAGUUCUGAAGCAUCCACAUAUUGAUCCUUCGUAGAAAGUAUACCUAGUCUUUUUCACGAGUACCCAUUACGGUAAAAUGAUUAUCUAGUACUAUUUCAAAAUUCCCAAUAUUGGCAAAGGACACGUAAUUCUGACGGGUCUGGCAGUGCCUGGUAGACAGAGUCACAUUGUGUUUUGGUUUCUUGUAAAAAAGUAAUUUGCAUACAAAAAACAAAACGCAAACAAGUCUUACUAGAUUUACACUCGAUUCAUUGUCGCCAACGUUGCACACCUACACAAAAAUGUAACUUUCUGUUCACCUGUUCACCUCCAUAGACGUCAAAACAUGAUGGAUACUCCUGAAAUAGAGUUUAUAUACUCAUAACAACGCAAUAUUUUAAAAAUUCAAGAGAAGAGAAACAAAAAAUAUGUAUUCAACCGUCAAACAUGAAACAAAUAAUUUUUCCCAUAUAUACAAAGAACUAUAUAAGGUAUUGAUAAAAUUGCUUCAAGAGAAAGUUGUAGAUAAUGGUAAUGCCUUCAAAAUGUUAUAUGUGUAUCGGUCAAUUUCCAAAUACAUUAUUUAAGGAAAAGUGCACACCAGAAAACAACGAAGUAGAAACCACAAUUCAAAUGUUUUGUAGUGAACUCCACAUCUACAAAAAACAAAGUUAAUGGUCACUCUCUUCAAGAUGUCCAGCGCCGUAGCUGCUGGAACAGUUUAGUCAUUUGGGGUAUAAUUUUAAAGGUCUUUCCAUCAUCUAAAGCUUUUCUGUAUGCAACUCAAGUGAUUCUAAGUGUAUUGAUAUGCGUAUUUUUUUUCUAGACAGGAUGCAUUUCUAGGGAGUUAGUCUGACCUACAAUGCUGGAAACGUUGCUAAUGUUUUUUUUUUCGCUUAUACGCACCAAAUAACCUCCCGUACUUUGUAUGGGCACAAACUGGUUGUCAUUUAAACAUUUCUGCUGGUACAUCCUCGGAUGUUAGUUCCUUUUAGAGCGAUUAUGUAACUAUCAUAUAAUUUCUCAAAGAUGAAUCCGUUAAAAAAAAUAAAGUCAGAAAGUCCUUUUAUACCUUCAUUCCCUGUGUUUUAAUACAAAAAUUAUAUGUGAUACGCUGUUACAUUUACAGCUUAUGAGCAGAAAGUGUUUAAAGCUGUCGUUCUAUACCUGAUUUGUCAUUUCUAAACGAAACAUGACGUUGUAAAUAUAACUUUAAUAUACUGUUAUAGUUUCUUAGUUUAUAAGUAAAUUUAAGAAACUCCCUCUAUACAAGCACAUGUUUUAUUAUUUUUUUACCAUAAAAUGUGAUGAAUAUUGAAACUUUAUGGAUAAAUAAAUGAAAUUUUAUUUUA